AUGCAAGAGGGGCCCAUUCAAAAGGCAUUUAAUCUGUUUCAGAAAACAGAAUGGAGGAGGAAAAUGAAGACACUGCAGGAAGAGCAUGCAGCUCAGAAGAGAGAGCUGCAGGAGCAGAACGAGAGGCUCCAGGCUACCCUGUCUCAGGAUCAGAGGAAAGCAGCCGCCCAGGCCCAGCGCCAGAUCAGUGCCCUCCACGCCCAGCUCCAGGAACAAGCCAGGCUCAUCGCCUCCCAGGAGGAGAUGAUGCAGGCCAUGUCUCUCCGGAAGGUGGAGGGGAUCCGUGAGGGCCCGAAGACUGUGGACACAGAUGCGGACUCUUCCGAGGAAGAGCUGGAGGACUCCCACAGUGGACAGCAGAAGGUGCUGGAAGCCCUGAGGCGAAACCCAACCUUGCUGAAGCAGUUCAGACCAGUCCUGGAGGACACCCUGGAGGAGAAGCUGGAAAGCAUGGGGAUAAAGAGAGAUGCCAAGGGAAUCCCCACUCAGACCCUCAGACACCUGGAGUCCAUCCUGCGAACCCAGCGGGAGCAGAAGGCCAGGAGGUUUUCCGAGUUUCUGAGCCUGAGGGAGAAGCUCAUUAAGGAAGCCACCAGCAGAGUGAAGGACAGACAGAGGGACGGGGCCCCGGUGUCCCAGCCAGAGGGUGAGGUGCCAGUCAAAAGUCAGCAGAGUCCACUGGUCACCAAAGAGGCCCAGCCAAAGGCCAGGACCGUGCCUGUGGCACAGCCAUCCAAGCCGGCAGAGCCCCCCGUGACAAGUCUCCAGGGCCGCAGCAGCCACAGCCUGGGCCUGGCCCCGGGACCCACCCCUACUCCUCGCUCCAGAGCGUCGGGACCCCCUGGCACCCCUCCAUCCCCAGGGCCUGGGCUGAGUACGCCCCCGUUCAGUUCUGAAGAGGACUCGGAGGGAGAUGCUAGGCCUCAUGUGUCCCUCCAGCCCCCAAGAGUUCCUUCGAGGGUGGGGCCCCGGCCGCAGGAUGACUGGGACUGGUCUGACACCGAGACCUCGGAGGGGAGUGCCCAGUCCCCUGGCAAGGGCUCAGGCGGGCUGGCCUCCUCAGGAACGCUGGUGCAAUCGAUGGUCAGAAACCUUGAGAAGCAGCUGGAAGCUCCAGCCAAGAAGCCUGCUGGAGGGGUCAGUCUGUUCUCAGUGCCCAGUGCCAGGCCACAGAGAGCUGCUGUGCCAGGAGGAAAGCCCCAGCUUUCUGAGGAUGAGAGUGACUUGGAGAUCUCUUCCUUGGAAGAUCUCCCGCAGGACCUAAACCAGAGAGAGAAACCGAAGCCCUUGUCUCGCUCAAGGCUCCCGGAGAAGUUUGGCGCCAGCUCUUGGAGCCCCAGUCAACCCAGGGUCCCUGGCUGGUGAGCCCACUUCUGAUUCUGGCAGCCAGAGGACCAGCCUUGUCACCCAGCUGGGUGGGGCUGGCUCAGAACCCCCCAGCGAUGGGGCUGCUGGGCAUCUUGUCUUCCCCAGGAGCCAAGAGGUCUUCUCCUUGGACAGAAGCAGAGUAGAAGACAGAUAUUAUUUCUCCUAUCCCCCGUGAGAGCCCUGGCAGGGUCCCUUGGGUCCCAAGGCUAAGAAAGGGUUGUAACAGGACCUUGAAAGAGCAUCCUUUUUCUACCUCCAUGUUCACACCAGACUGAAAGGAGACACUUGGACUCUACUCUGCAGUGUCUUGUAAACCUUGGCAAUACUGUAGAGCUGGGUCUUUUAUGGGGUCCUUUGGGGGACUUACGCCUGAGUCAGUCAUUCAGUAAUUGACCCAAAGUCAUUUACUGAGAGUGUCUGGCCUCUUACUGCUGAGCUGGGGUAUAGGCAGAGAUGGGGGUGGAAAUGAAACGUACGGGGUCAUAAUAGAGAUUGGGACGUUAUGGGAGCACAGACAGAGUCUCUCAGUGCAGCUGGGUGUGAAUGUGGAGAGCUUCCCAGAGCUGAUGUCCUCAGGACCUGCUCAUGGGUGAGAGGGAAGGAGGGCCACCUGGCUGGGGCGGCAUAUCUCCAAGGGACCACAAAUUCAGUUUUGAUAAUAUUUCUAAAAUUAGGUUAUAUACAUAACUAUAGUAUUUUUUUAAUGUGAAGAGCAUUAAUUUAUGUAAACCCUUAAAUACAGCAUGUUUAUCACUCUCUGGUAUUUCUUCCUUGUUUUUGGAGCUUCAGCAGGGACUGGGUCGGGGCCGGAGCCAUCUGUACCCCAGCUGUCAAUUUAGGACUUUGGGGUGACGUUGCCAAGAUGGUGGUAACGGUGCGAUGGGUUUGUUGGGGAGUCACUCCUGUGAAAAGUGAAGGCAGAAGAAGCUGGAUCAGGGCAAGUGCUCAAGGGCAGUGUGGGUCUGACCCCCAUGAGAGGAGGCGAGCAGGCAGCAGGAGUGGGCGAGGGGAGGCCAGACGCUGUGCAGCUGUCACCCCCACCAAGCUGGUGGGAGCUCCAGAGCAGGCCCAGCCCACCAGGGAGUCCCCACUGGGCCAGAGCCCACCCUGCUUGGCCAUGGGCUGCGGUGCCCAGGAGAGUGAGAACUAGUAGAGUAGCCAUGGUUUUCCAUAAAGGGAAGCCCAGCCGUGCACCUCCAGGCCUCAUGAGUAGAGGGAACAGACCCUUCAACCCUUACCAGCUCAGCUCAUGGCCAAUCUGGCUUCAUCUGUUUUUCCCCACUACCUCGAGUCUCUCUCCAGCUCUCCAUCCGGGCUUCUUUUGACCUCUGGGUGGUAAGCCCUGAGGUUCUAGCAGGAAGAACUAGGGGAAGUGAGGAGGAAAGGCAUUGCAUAAAGGGGCCUGGGGGUGGGGAGGCUUGGGGGUAUCAUGGUACCAAGCUGUUCAGUGAGGCUAGGGCACAGUUUAUGAAGGGCCUUAUGUGGGACCUGGGGUCAGCCCACCUUAGAUGCUAGGGCAUAAAUUCCCUUUGUGGAUCUUAUACCUUUGAACAGCUGAGAAUAUGUAUGGAUUACCCCAGUGGCUCAGUGAGGAGGGGAAGGGGCAGUGAGUUGGGAGUGGUAGUGAGGUUCAUCCCUCUCUCAGAAGUCUUCCAACAAAGUCAUGCUUUCCUAUUCACAGGCUUUGGGCGAGGGAGGUAAAAAAAGAAAAAAGAUGCUUGUGGGGUCUCUUGCCACCUCCUGGUUUCCUGUAGCUCUGAGUGCACUACCGAUGCCAGCUCUUCACAUCACAGUGCACCCUGGGACCUCUGCUGCUUGUCCUCGGGUUGAUUCUGAUGUGGGAGGCUGCACGGGCUACAUGUAGGUACAGCCUGGAAAUGGCAGAGAGCUGACUCUACCAGGGCAGCCUGCACUCGAGGUGGAGUGGGAGUUGGUGAAUAAUUGCUCCAGCUUCCUGCCCUUUGGUUUGACAAUUUGGAGGUUUAUUCCACAGUUUUUCAAAGUCCCCAGGGUAGGUAAAUCCCCGUUGCCUUGAACGUUACAACUUGUUAAUACAUCCUUUAUUGGCCUUUCUCCUUCUGGUUUCACUUUUCUCACUCACAUUUGCUUCUUGGGAGUACCUCUGAAAUAAAUUCACUUGUACCCAAAUCUUUGCCUCAGGCUAUGCUUUCAGGGUGACCCAAGUGAAAAAGAUGUGAAAGCCCAUGUGUUUUCACACACGCUGGUGAUAAUCACCCAUGAAGAAUGACUCUAUUCCUGAAUGUUCAUAAUUAAAUCCUAUGUUUCUUAAUCUCUUUUUCUACUUUGGAGACUAAUGUAUUAGUUUUUCAUUUGCCAAGCUCUGAAGAAUUG